GGUAUUCAAUAAUUCAACCAAACAAAUAUCACUAUACUAACUAAAAAGCAUAAGAGUACUCGUAUUCUCUCUCCUUCAUGGCUUCUUCACACCAUAUAUCAGUUUUAGAUGUAGAAAGUCCCAUCGAUCUAGAAAAUACAAACGAAACGAACAUCCCAAUAUUUGGAGAUGAUAAUGGUGUGUGUUUGACAUGGCAAGAUUUGUGCGUUACAGUUUCUGAUAAAGAAGCUAAGUUUACCAAAAAUAUACUUCAAGAUGUAACUGGUUAUGCUUACCCUGGUCAGGUUUUAGCCAUUAUGGGUCCUUCUGGCUGUGGCAAAUCUACUCUUCUUGACGCUUUAGCAGGAAGACUAGAUUUAAACACAAAUGGGCACAUACUCAUUAAUGGUUGUGAACAAGCUCUUGCAUAUGGUACAUCGGCUUACGUGACACAAGAUGAUAUAUUGAUUACAACUUUAACAGUGAAAGAAAUUGUGUAUUACUCAAGCGAGCUCCAGUUACCAUCAUCAAUGUCGAAAUCCGAGAAGCGAAAGAGGGCAGAUGAUUGCAUAAAAGAGAUGGGUUUGCAAGAUUCAAUCGACACAAGAGUUGGAGGAUGGGGUGUUAAAGGCUUGAGUGGUGGACAAAAGAGGAGACUUAGUAUAUGCGUUGAGAUAUUAACUCAACCUAAGCUUCUUUUCCUUGAUGAACCAACAAGUGGGCUUGAUAGUGCAGCUUCAUUCCAUGUUAUGAGUAGAAUUGCAAGCAAUGAUAGGAAAAAUGGAAGGACGAUUAUUGCAUCCAUACACCAACCUAGUAGCCAAGUUUUUGGGCUAUUUGAUAAUCUGUGUCUUCUAUCUGCUGGUAAAACAGUAUAUUUUGGUCCUGCUCGGGGAGCACUUGAGUUCUUUACAUCAAAUGGUUUUCCAUGCCCAUCUCAGCAAAAUCCUUCAGAUUUCUUCCUUCAAAUGAUAAACAAAGAUUUUGACGAGGGCAUAGAACAAGGCCGAUCCAUCAAGAAAUCAACAGAGGAAAUCGUCGACAUUUUGGUAAACUCAUACAAGUCAUCUGAGAAUUACCAACAAAUCGAAGAUGUAAUUAGUACAAUAUGCAAAUCGAAAGGCGAAAGAUUAGAGAUUGGAAGAAAGCGAGCUAGUUUCUUAAUCCAAUGCCAAGUUCUAACUAGAAGAUCCUUUGUCAACAUGUCCCGCGAUUGGGGUUAUUAUUGGCUGCGACUUGCUAUCUACAUCAUAUUGGGGCUUGGAUUAGGCACCCUCUUCUAUGAUAUAGGUCUUAGUAAAAGCUCAAUUCAGGAUAGAGGAUCCUUGCUUAUGUUUGUGGCUUCAUACUUGACUUUUAUGACGAUUGGUGGAUUUCCUUCUUUUGUUGAAGAUAUGAAGGUUUUUAAACGAGAAAGGCUAAAUGGGCACUAUAGUACAACUUCCUUUGUUGUGGGAAAUACACUUUCUUCUGUGCCAUUUCUUCUUCUAGUUGCCCUCAUUCCUGGAGCAAUCGUUUACUUCUUACCUGGGCUUCAAAGGGAAUUCCCAAACUUCACAUAUUUCAUACUAGUUCUCUUCGCUUGCAUGUUGUUGGUUGAAAGCCUAAUGAUGAUUGUAGCAAGUUUAGUACCCAAUUUUCUUAUGGGAAUCAUCACUGGAGCUGGAGUUCAAGGCUUCAUGAUGUUAGCCGGAGGAUUUUUCCGAUUGCCUAACCAACUACCAAAUAUUUUUUGGCGAUAUCCUCUCUACCACAUUUCAUUCCACAAAUACGCAUUUCAAGGACUGUUUAAGAAUGAAUUUGAAGGGUUGGAAUUCCCUACUAAGAAAGGAUCAAGUUUACAUAUGACCUCAGGAGUUACAAUUCUCAAAAAUAAAUGGCAAGUUGAUGAUGCAGGUUAUUCAAAAUGGAUCAAUCUUGGUAUACUACUAGGUAUGGUGGUUUUAUAUCGUUUUAUGUUCUUAAUCAUCAUUAAGAUUUCGGAAAAGAGUAAACCUAUUAUUAGAGCUUUGACAAGAAGGCCACCAAAGCAAGUAGUGCAAGUUGACUAUUAAUAGGAAAUUUGAUUCCAAACCUGCGCAAUAUACUAUGAUUGGAAGAGGAUUAAGUGAAGGAUUUGAAUGUAUAUAUAUUAUUAUAUGGAGACCAGACUCUAUGAUUACAAUAUAAAUAAAAUAUUACACCUAUGUAUUUGUAUUAGCAUAUAUUGUUGACUAACAGUCAAUUAUGCUUCAAAGUUGGCUUAAUUAUCUUCCAAAUGUUAGUGAUUUAUUAGUUGUUAACUAAAUUAGAUUAUGGAGCAAUAUACUUGAUAGUUUGUUAGGAGUUAGGAGUCGUGCACAAUUGCCGUGGGGUCAUGUUUACCCAUGUUCUCCUUUUAUUAUGCCAUUUUCUAGUUAAUGUUGUUAGGAUGUAAGCCUUUAAUAAUAGGCCUUAGUUUUUGCCUUGCUUAACAGUAAGUAUGCAGUUCAAUUUGUAAUGCAAGUCCAUUAUUAUCUUUUA